AUGGCUAUCUCAUCAACUCGUGUUAUUGGAGUAGUUCUCUUAAUUGUUCUUUUUAGUGGCAUUAUGGUUUCUGCUGACGUGUUAGGGCGGCGCAUGCUCGGUGCAGGCGGCGUAGGUGGUGGUGGUGGUGGCUUAGGUGGCUUGGGAAUUGGUAUUGGUGGAAGUCCUUCACGUUCCUUUAAAUUUGAUAUGAUGGGCGGCGCAUGCUCGGUGCAGGCGGCGGUAGGUGGUGGUGGUGGUCAUGGCUUAGGUGGCUUUGGAUUUGGAUCGGGUGGAAGUGUUGGUGAUGCAAGUUUUGGGACUGGAUUUGGUGGCGGUGUGCUUGGUGGUGAAGGUCUUGGUGCUGGUGGUGGUAACUAA